AUGAUGCCAAUUGCAGCAACGGCUGACACUCCCGUCGCCGAGAUAAAGAAGCGGGCCCAGCGGGACAUGGAAAUCCCUCUAAACGACUUGGUAGACUCGGCCGGCCGGCCCCUGAAGAAAUUCUGCAAGCUACAGGAGGUGGGGGUGAAAGAUGGAGACACAGUGCACGCAACCGUGCGCCGUGGCACACUGUGCAGCAAACCCGGAAGGUCUAAAGCCUUUGCCCUGCUAAAUGCUGACGGAACCGUGACGACUUGGGGAGAUACAGCAUCCGGUGGCGACAGCAGCAGCGUGCGAGAUCAGCUCAAAGACGUCACAAGUAUCGUUGCGUCGGAAUCAGCUUUUGCCGCUCUUCGAGAGGAUGGAAGUGUGGUUACAUGGGGCUCAGCAGACCACGGCGCUGACAGCAGUUCUGUUCAAGAACAGCUAAUCAAGGUGGAGAAGCUGGCUUCCUCAGACUACGCUUUUGCUGCAGUCCGCGCAGAUGGAGCAGUGGUGACUUGGGGUCAGCCCCGUUGUGGUGGCGACAGCACCGUAGUACAGCCGUCACUCCAGGAUGUUCAGCAUAUCGUCGGCACGCAGUGCGCGUUCGCAGCAUUGCGAGCUGACAGCACAGUUGUGACGUGGGGUAUUGAUUUUCAUGGCGGGGACAGCAGCACAGCAAAGGAAUCUCUGCACAGUGUUGUGGAGAUCGUGGCUUCGAACUACGCCUUCGCUGCACUCCGGUCAGAUGGAACAGUUGUGACUUGGGGAGAUGAGAUUUCCGGAGGGCUUAGCAGUCGCGUGCAAGAUCAGCUCACAACGGUCAAAAGUAUUGGCUGUGGACACUUCGGUUUUGCGGCUGUGCGAUCUGAUGGAACCGUGGUGCAGUGGGGCACCUCAAUGAGCCCGAGCGAGGUCCCACGAGUCAAAAUGCCUCCCAAGACGGAACUCCAGGAUGUUCUGCAGGUCUCUGGCUCGCAAGGGGCCUGGGCGGCCCUUCGACGAGACGGCCGUGUGAGAACCUGGGGCAACGUGGAAGAAGGCGGGGACAGCCGCUUUGUGCAGGAGGAGCUCCGAGAUGUGCAGCAGGUGGUAUGCAACUCCCAUGCUUUUGCCGCCCUCCGCAGUGACGGCCGAGUGGUGACCUGGGGGGGGCCCGCUGCGGGGGGUGACAGCAGCAGGGUGCAAUCAGAGCUCCAGGAUGUGCGACAGCUCAUGGCCAAUGACACGGGCUUCGCUGCCUUGUGUGCAGACGGCAGUGUUGUGACCUGGGGCACGAUGAUGGAGGACUACCCGUCGGGUCCAAAUUGGUUCGUACGGCUGAAGCGGAACAUUGCCAUUUUGCGCGUGUCCGACAGAGCCGGCCGAGUGGUGUACAACAGCUUCGCCGUCAGCGGCGAGCAUCGAGCUCCGGGGGCCCCCUUGGCUCCAGAUGCUGGUCCGCUACUGUCCGUGGAGGCGAAGGACGAGCACGGCCGGAUGUUCAAUCGACAGCACGACGCGGAGUUCAAGCUCCUCAGCGGCUUCUGCCAAGUGGCUGCCGGCUUCGCCGAUGGCACCUCGGAAGGAAAAGUCAGUGCCUGGGAAGGCACCGGGACGUUGUGGUCCAGGAAGCCGCUGUGCACCAGCUGCUGGGGGGCCGUGUCGCAGGUGAAAGCGAUGUUUCCCAAGCUGGUGCUGACUGUGUCUGUCGGCUCCAAAAACUCGAAGCCUUGGCCCGACAACAUGCGCUAUCCUCCGGAUGCAGAUGGCCCGGCGGAGGCCUUUGCGAUCAUCCUUCGAGGGUUGAAGGCGUGGAUGCAUGGACAGAGCUAUUCGCCAUACCUCCUAAAUCUCACAACCUCGAAGCUUGAAAGCUUGACAGACCUUUCAGUUCUCAGCAUCACGGCUGUCCAGUUGCUGCAUCUGGAGCUUAGCCCUCGCUGCUCAAGCUUUCACAACGCCUGUGGCACUCGCCCGACCUACUGUCAAGACAUGGCUCCGGCAAUGAAGUCUGCGAUGAAGUCCAAGGCUAUGAAGACCAACGCCAAAGCCAUGACCAAGUCCCAGCUUGCCGACCAGCUCGCCACCAAGUCUGAGCUCAAGAAGAAGGAGGUCCUGUCGGUCCUGCAGAAUCUUUCGGAAAUCGGUGCCAGCGAGGUCACCAACACCGGCAAGUUUGUUCUGCCAGGGCUGUGCAUGAUCAAGACUCGUCAGAAGCCUGCCACGAAGGGUGGCACUCGCAUGAUGUUUGGCAAGGAGGUUCAGGUCAAGGCGCAGAAGGCGAAGACGGUUGUGAAAGCCACGCCGGCGGCUGCACUCAAGAGCCAGUUCUAG